GUCGCAGGCGGUUAAAUGGAGGGCGAGGGAGGGAUGCCCACUUCCCUGUACCGAACUCACCCCACCGUCUUCUCCUCUCUUUCGUCGUCGUCGUCGUCGUCUUCCUCCUCGAUGGCGAUCUCGAUGCAUCUCGCGCGCUUCUCCCCUAGCCUAUCUAUUCCUUCCGGCGUCCGAUCUGCGCCGAGGGCGCGGAUGCCGAUCACCGUCCGAUGCAGCGGCGACGCCGUGCUCGAGCCGGACUUCGACAAGAAGGCUUUCCGCCAUAACCUCACACGCAGCGAAAACUACAACCGCCGUGGGUUCGGCCACAAGAAGGAAACCCUCGAGCUCAUGAAUGAGGAGUACACGAGUGAUGUUAUCAAGACGCUGAAAGAGAACAAUAUGGUGUACACUUGGGGCGACGUGACUGUGAAGCUCGCGGAGGCCUACGGGUUCUGCUGGGGUGUUGAAAGGGCUGUCCAGAUUGCUUACGAGGCCAGAAAACAAUUUCCGGAAGAAAAUAUUUGGAUUACCAACGAAAUCAUCCAUAACCCGACAGUAAACAAGAGAUUGGAAGAGAUGAACGUCAAAAAUAUUCCUGUUGAGGAGGGCAAUAAAAGAUUUGAUGUAGUUGACAAGGGUGAUGUUGUGAUUUUGCCGGCUUUUGGAGCUGCUAUUGAUGAGAUGUUUACCUUGAGUGAAAAACAGGUCCAAAUAGUUGAUACUACUUGCCCAUGGGUUUCAAAGGUCUGGAACUCUGUUGAGAAGCACAAGAAGGGUGAUUACACUUCAAUCAUACAUGGUAAAUAUUCACACGAAGAGACUAUUGCAACAGCCUCAUUUGCAGGAAGAUAUAUUGUCGUAAAGAACAUGACUGAGGCAAUGUAUGUAUGCGAUUACAUUCUUGGUGGGGAAUUAGAUGGGUCUAGCUCUACAAGAGAAGCAUUUCUUGAGAAAUUCAAAAACGCUAUUUCUGCGGGAUUUGAUCCAGAUGUUGACUUAGCUAAAGUUGGCAUUGCAAAUCAAACCACGAUGCUCAAGGGUGAAACAGAGGAGAUAGGUAAAUUGGUUGAGAAGACCAUGAUGCGCAAACACGGUGUAGAGAAUGCCAAUGAUCAUUUUGUCAGCUUCAACACCAUAUGUGAUGCUACCCAGGAAAGGCAAGAUGCUAUGUUCAAGCUGGUGGAAGAGAAACUCGAUCUUAUUCUGGUCGUUGGUGGGUGGAACUCCAGUAAUACUUCACAUCUCCAAGAGAUCGCAGAGCUCAAGGGAAUCCCGUCCUACUGGAUUGACAAUGAACAGAGAAUUGGACCAGGAAACAAGAUCACCUAUAAGUUAAAUCAUGGAGAGCUGGUCGAGAAAGAAAAUUGGCUUCCUGCUGGACCAAUCACUAUUGGUGUCACCUCAGGGGCUUCUACUCCUGACAAGGUCGUGGAGGAAGCAUUGGGCAAGGUCUUUGACAUUAAAAGCCAAGAAGCUCUGCAAGCGGCAUAAAUUGAGAGGACUUGAGCAGUGUUUUGAGCUGAAGUAUCACUAUCGCUUAACUUGUACGGUACUAGAAAUGGGAUUGCAUAAGAGCACUCCCUUAUCGACAGGAAAUGCUGCAGUCCAAAAUCUAUCCUGCCAUUAUUAUUUUAUUUUAUUUUAUUUUGUUUUGUUUUAUUUUUGUGUUGUGACAUUAAUUUAUGCAUGCUGGUCAAGGCCUGGUUGAGCCCAGCGAGUUCUCUCACCCAAUCCAUUUUACAAAAUGGUCUGAUAAAGUUAUGAUAUUGUUUUGCGGUUUAAUUA